AUGGCCAGUCCCUCCGGGAGCGCGGGGGGCAGUCCCGGUCACAAAGCCGAGACCUCCACGCACCGUAACCGGAGCAGCCUGCGCGUCUCCAAACGGCGACCCGCUCCCCAGGCCUCGCAGAAGACGGACAGGGGGAACGACGUGACCAAGAAGCUGUUUUCCCUGGUCCAGACCCACAACGACGACUACUCGACGGACGCCGACAGCGCGCCGGUGUCACGGGACCUGGACGCAAACAGCGCCGGCGCAGGGUGGAGAGAGGGAGGAGACGCCGCAGCGGCGGCGGAGGAGUCCUCGUACACGGACGAGUCCACCUACUUCCAGAGGCAGUUCGGCUCCAUGCUGCAGCCGGGCGUCAACAAGUUCUCCCUGCGCAUGUUUGGCAGCCAUAAGGGUGUAGCUGCCGAGCAGGCGAGAGUGAAAUCCUUCGGCGUGUGGAUCAUCCAUCCCUACAGUGACUUCAGGUUUUACUGGGACAUUGUGAUGCUCCUCUUGAUGAUGAGCAAUCUGGUGAUUCUGCCUUGGGGCAUCACCUUCUUCGAGGACCAGAACACCAUGCCCUGGAUCACCUUCAAUGUCAUCUCCGACACCCUCUUCCUGAUGGACUUGGUCUUCAACUUCCGCACGGGCAUCCUGGGAGAGGACAGCCACAUCAUCCUAGAACCCAAGGAGAUCCGCAUGAGCUACCUGCGCACGUGGUUUGUGGUGGACUUCAUCUCCUCCAUCCCUGUCGACUACAUCUUCCUCAUCGUGGACAUCGAGUCUCGGCUGGAGUCGUCUGACGUGUACCGUACGGCGCGCGCCCUCCGCAUCGUGCGCUUCACAAAGAUCCUCAGCCUGCUGCGUCUGCUCCGCCUCUCCCGCCUCAUACGCUACAUCCACCAGUGGGAGGAGAUUUUCCACAUGACCUAUGACCUGGCCAGUGCGGUGGUGCGUAUAGUCAACCUGAUUGGCAUGAUGCUGUUGCUGUGCCACUGGGAUGGCUGUCUGUCCUUCAUGGUGCCCAUGCUGCAGGAAUUCCCCCCAGAUUGUUGGGUGUCCAAGAACAACAUGGUGAAUGCCACAUGGCACAUCCAGUACUCCUAUGCCUUGUUCAUGGCCAUGAGUCACAUGCUGUGCAUAGGAUACGGUGCCCACCCGCCAGAAGGCAUGAGUGACCUUUGGCUCACCAUAACCAGUAUGAUUGUGGGGGCCACCUGCUACGCCAUGUUCCUGGGUCAUGCCACUAACCUCGUCCAGUCUUUGGACGCCUCACGUCGUCAGUAUCAGGAAAAGUACAAGCAGGUGGAGCAGUACAUGUCGUUCCAUAAGCUGCCAGCCGAUGUGAGGCAGAGGAUUCACGAUUAUUACGAGCAUCGAUUCCAAGGCAAGAUGUUUGAUGAGGACAGCAUCCUUGGAGAACUCAGCGAUCCACUCAAGGAAGAAAUUGUCAGCUAUAACUGCCGUGGGCUGGUGGCCAACAUGCCGCUGUUUGCCAACACCGACCCUCAUUUUGUGACGGUCAUUUUGACUAAGCUGCAGUUUGAAGUCUUUCAGCCUGGGGAUUUUGUUAUACGGGAAGGAACUUUGGGCCGGAAAAUGUACUUUGUCCAACACGGCUGUGUAACUGUGUUUCCCCGUGGCGGUAAGGAGGUCAAGCUCAGCGAUGGGUCCUAUUUCGGGGAGAUCUGCCUGCUGACCCAAGGGCGACGUACAGCCAGCGUGAAGGCCGACACCUACUGCCGUCUUUACUCCCUAAGCGUGAACAGUUUCAACGAGGUCCUUGAGGAGCAUCCGCUGAUGAGGAGGGCUUUUGAGAGUGUGGCCGUGGACCGCUUGGAGCGGGUGGUUCGCAAAGCCAGUGUUGAGCCCCUUCCCAAAUGA